GCUCCUUCGAGAGAUCUGAUGUCGGCAUUAGUCAUCUGCAUCGUCAACCUUGAGCCGAUUCCUCGUUUGUUUUUCCACUUGCGCACGAGAGGUGUGUUCUGACAACUCUUCAUGUCGACGGCGGCGAACAAAGAGCCACUGCAGGAGUACCAGUGAAGCGACAGGAGGGUUCGCGUCGUGCCGCCCCGCCGUUUUCUGCCGUUGCGGCUGGAGUACCAACGAUGGCAGCCCAAGAUGAGGACGAAUAUGGCGAAUCCGAAGGUAGUAUUGCUUAUUGAGGACGAUUGCAGCGAGGACAGGCAUCCUUGCGUUCGCUCAGGUGACAGUGGUCGCGGUCCCACGCCGUUUUUCUUCCGUCCAUCAGCUGGUGCGGCCAAGGCCAAACCGGCGGCCGCCAAGGCAAAGACGGCAGCCAAGCCCGCAGCCAUGGACGAAGAUGACGACGCCACAGGUCAGCCAGUGCACAAGACGGACAGACAGACAGGCAGACAGACAGACCACUCUGCGAUCUUGGACAUCUAAUUCAAGUUCGGUGUCAUUCAGACGAGGACGAUGGUUCAGAAGAGGACCUGAAGGAUAACAAGGAAGGAAGGAGUAAUUCACACUGAUCGGCACCCGAACAAACAUUCGUGUGCUUGUUUCGUCCCUCUGUGUCGUGUCUGCUCGUUACUGCGUGCAGCCAAGGCUAAACCCAACGCGGCACCCAAGUCAGCGGCAUCUAGGCGCAGCAUGAAGGCCUCACCGAAGAAGCCCGUCGAUGACGACUCGGAAACCGGUCUGUCAGUCAGUCAGUCCGAGCACACACGCCAGACGUGAACACUUCUGCAUGUGUGUGUGUGUGUGUGUGUGUGUGUGUUUGUAUGUGCAGACGAGGAUGAGGCGCCCCGACAGAGGGCUCCGAAGGCCGGCGACAAGCGGAAGGCACAGCAGGCAGUCAGCCAGCUUGCUGAAGCCACCAAGGGAGGUACGCUGGUUGGGGUGGCGGCGGGGUAAGGAGGACUCAAAAGAAAUCUCUCUUUCCUUUCUCUCCCUCUCUCUCUCUGUUGGUGCGUAUCGAACAGGCGAUGUGUGUGGCCGCAAAGUGUACGUGGGCAAUCUGCCGUCCGGUGUGACAGAGAAACAGCUGCGCGAGGCCUUCAGUACUUGCGGCAGGAUCGAGGAGCUUCACGUCCCCGAGAAAGGGGAGAGGGGCUUCGCCUUCGUCACAUUCGCACACCUGGCGGGCGCCAAGAGAGCUCUCGAGUUCCGCGGGGCAGUCUUCCACGGCAGAAAGGUAAAUGUCAUGACACACAGCGCAGGGAAGGCAUGGCAUCGCAGAGCCACUGUGUGUGUGUGUGUGUGUGUGUGUGUGUAUGCAGCUGCGCGUCGCCCACCCAAACAGUGGCAGACCAAAAGGACCCAAACCUGACAGGGUACCCCCUACUCGUUCAUUCAUCCAUCCGCGCAUUAAUGUGUGUGUGUGUGUGUGUGUGUGUAAAAUGCGUGUGUAGUUGAAGAGUUUGCUGCUUCACAACCUGGCCAAGAAUGCCACCGAGGACGACCUGCACAACGCCUUCGAGGUUGCCGGUGAGAUCGAAAACGUCCACAUUCUCAAGAACUGGGAGACGCAGGAGGUGAGGGAAUGACCACACCAGGACACACGCAUUCACACGACCAUCGGCGGCCAUCACCUGCCCGCCUGCAGUCUCGUGGAGUGGCGUUUGUGAAUUUCGCGACCGAGGAGGGCUGCCUCGCCGCCAGCCAAAUUGAUGGCGUCCGCAUCAAGGGACAAACCAUAUCGGUCAGUCAGGCGGUCUGCCCACUGCACACAGACGCCACGUAUGCACUUACGCGUUGUGUGUGUAUCGGUGUGUAGAUGAAAUGGGGCCAUGACAGAGGCGCUCGGGGCCGCGCCGCUGCUGCUGCGGCGGCCAAUGGAGGUACGGGUGAAUGCAUCAAGAUGGGAUGGGAUGAAAUGGACACUCUUGUGUGCUGUUGUUCAGGUGAGGUCAGCGUCCGCGCUGUGGCGGUGAAGCGUGAGCACGACCCCUACGAUGGCGAGGACGGGCAGGGGGGUGCGGAGGACAUCAAGCAAGAGAGAGAGGCCGUCAAAGACGAGCCGCAUGACGUCAGUGCGAACGAGGAGGCCGGUGAAGAGGAUCUGCAGGACGACGGUGCGUAUCAACGACGCACGCCUGAGUGUCGGUGUGGCUCUCUGUUUCUGCUCCUGUCACUCAUGUGUGCAGACACCCAGCAGUGGGAGGCACGCCUCCGUGCGGCCUUCACCCGGAAGUGCACACACGGCUCCAAGACGCACGACUCAGCCUAUGACGACCUCACCCUGGUCGCCGUCGACCGUAACACCAACUGCACGGUUGGCUUCUACGUGACGGUCGGGCCAUUCUUCACCGAUCAGGACGAAGACGGCCACGGGGUAUAUGUCAGGGCAGGAGUCUGGUGCGACUCGAGGAGCCGCAUAUGGGACUUCAGGGGGCUGACCACGAGGCUUCGCCGCGUUCGGGGCGGCGCCAGCUUGCAGGAUCUCCUCGCCACGACAAAAAAGAUGGUGCUGGGGCCAGAUGGGAGGAAGAUCAUCAAGCACGACAAGGACACCGCCGGUCAGCGCAAGAGGGCGGCCAAGAGGUCGAUUGAGAACGGCAGCGGCGAGACCCCUCCAGCCAAACAGCGCCGCGAGUCAGGUACACAGUAGAGGGACACACACAGAAAAGGGCUGCGUCACCAUUGCGGCUGUGUCAUUAUGUGUGUGUUCUCGUGUCAUCAGGUGUGUCUGCUGGAUUGUCUGGUCGUCAUGCAGCUGCCGCUGCUGCUGCUGCUGCUGCUGCCGCAGCAGCAGCACCUGAGCAGCUGAGUCAGAUGAAGGCGCUGGUGCAGCUGACUCGCCGAGAGCUGAUGAGGGCCAUCAAAGUGGACCCUGACGACCUCAUACGUGACCUUGCCGAGACAAUGGACACGGUGAGGGAGAGAGGGCGGGUCGGGUCUGGUUGUGUGACGGCUGAUAGGACUCAAUGUGUUGUGCUGUCUGCCAUGCCUGCCUGCAGCACAAGAUGAACGGCGCUGCGUUGGCCGACAUCGGCCAGAUGGACAAGGAGGAGAUGCUCAAGGACAUGGAGCACUUAGGCAUCACGGCAUAUGGCCAGCAGCGGGCCCUCAAGCGAUGGAUCAAGCACGCCAUGGACAGCGGCGGGGUACCACACCACACACAGACUAUGUGCGUGGAUUGGCCGAUGGAUGACAUGUCGUUCUUUUCCUUGGUCAGGUCCGUGUGCCAAGUGCCAAGGUGGCCCAGACCGACGCAUCCAUGGAGAGAGGCUGAUAGUGCGCAAGCACAUUGGGAUGAGGUGAUGUCAUGCAAGCCAUUUUUGCCUGAUGAUGUGGCCUCCGGCGUUGGCUAGCUUCAAGUGUGAUGGUGCCCUGCCGCGGUUGGGAGUGAUGGUGCGGUGAGAUCGGGAUGUAUGUGCGUUGUUUUUCUGGACCCUCGUUGACGCAUCGAGUGGCAUUUAUGGACAUUCAGAGUCCUGACACAUGCAUCAUGUGGAUUCACUCAUUCUUGCCUUAAG